AUGAGUUACACCGUCGAAGGCGAAGAAAUCGACCCCGCGGAGCUACGUGAUGGUACGUGGCAGCACCCGAAGUGUCCGGCCGACCCGCUAGACCUCCAAAAGCGCUUCGGUCGCAAGAAAACCGACCCCACCAAGCUGACCGAGGAACUAGGCCUCGCCGGUGCUUCGGCUGCCUCCAAGAAUAAGUCGCGUCCGCCGCAGCUACCACGACGGAAGCCCAUGCCUCGACUGCCCGAGGAGGACUAUAAAAUUGUGUUGCGACCCAAGUGUGCCGUGAAUCUGACCAACAUUGGACUUAUCGCACUCUUGGAGGCGAUCUACGCGACAUCCAAAAUCAACCAGGCGCAAGCCGAGCAAGCCGACCAGAACAAGAAAACGACGUCACAAAGCGACACCCAGACCACCGGAGAGACCAGGCGUUCCCACUCAAGAGGGCGAACCCAAGGCGUCUUUCGAGACCCCUCCGAGUCAUUCCCUCCUCUGCACAGCAGAGAUAUUGACCAGUCCACCUCCGGAGGAAACACCUCCCAGCAGCAAGACGAACCUGCCAAGCACGUAGCCUGGGGAAGCGGUAAACCUAACCUCCGCGACAAAACAACACCGCAAGUGACCACCUCAUUGGAGACACCGCCCGAGCAGCAGUCACGAAACGGACGGACAACGACGCAGACAAGGGAAGAACGUUCCGGCUACAAGAUCAGCCAAGCUGCCCGAGAAGAGGGCACCCCCACAAGGCCCCAGCAAAGCAAGCCACAACAGCAACAGGACCAACAGUGUCUGGGAAAUCACGAAUUCGAUGAUGGACCAGGAAAUCUUGCUGCUUUCCUUAAGAAAAUGAACGAAUCAGGCGUAACGAUGGUUGGAUCAAAUACAAAUUUUUCGAAAGAGCCUCUACUUGCGCAGUACGACCUCGUGAAGUCUGCAAUAAAGGAAAUUCAAGGCACCAAAAUUGGAAUACUUGGUGCAGUUAUCCCUGGUUCAAGAGGACCAACCAUUCAAUUUUAUGAUGAAAUAACAAGCCUUCAAGAAGAAGCUGAUAAACUCGUCAAGGAAAACGUCAGCAUAAUCAUCGCCAUCACUCAUAGUGGUUUUCCCCGCGAAAUCGAUAUUGCUCAGAACAUUAGCGCUAUAGAUAUACUGGUUGGUGGGCACACAAACACGUUUCUUUACACGGGAAAUGAUCAUCCGAAGGAGAAUAAGCCCGAAGGUCCGUAUCCAUACGUUGUGAACCGAACAGACGGCAGCAGAGCCCUCGUGGUGCAGGACUUCUGCUUCGGGAAAUUCCUCGGUAGAUUGGACGUGACGUUCGACAGCGCUGGUCACAUUGUAAGCUGGGGAGGAAACCCUAUCCUACUGAACGUUUCAGUCGAUGAAGAUAAGUGCAUUACUGAUAUUUUAGAACCUUUCACGAAAAACUUCACCGAGCGAAUGACGGAAGUGUUGGGCAGCACUAGGGUCCUCAUGGAGCACAAGCAUGAUAUAUGCAGAAUGCAAGAGUGCAACCUCGGCAACCUGAUUGCGGACGCUUACUAUGAAUACUACCUCAAGGAGGAUACAGCACAGCCUCCCAUUUGGUCAGACCUGAACGGCGCAGUCGUUAACGCUGGCAGCAUAAGAACGGCGCUCCCGAGCUUCUAUAACGUCACUUGGGGUGACGUGGUAAAUACGCUACCAUACGGGAAUUCGCUGCUAACGAUUAGACUGACCGGAACUGAUAUAUGGAACAUGUUUGAGAACUCCGUCGCAAAGUACAACACAGUGAGGGAUAAGCAAAAAGGCCGCUUUCUCCAAGUGUCAGGCUUCCGAGUUGAGUAUGACUUGAGGAAAAACAGCGGUGAACGUGUCACUUCUGUCAGCAUUAUUUGCGCUAACUGCAGUGUACCAAAGUACCAGCCAAUCGAUUGUGAAGCGACCUACAAGAUUGUUGCUGCAGACUACGUUGCGAAAGGUGGCGAUGGCUUCAAAUUUAGCGAUUCUGCAAUUCUCAGCGAUGUUGGCCCCAUCGAAUACGAAGCCUUGGAACAGUACAUCGUCAAAAUGUCACCAAUGAAGACACCAAACGAAGGCCGCAUUAAGAUAACCUGGAAUGAAACCGAUGCAAAAGCAGUACUUAACUACACACAAUCAGUGCGUGAGAACCAAAUUUGCACACAGGGUGAUUGUAGAAUGCAGUAAACUUGCAUUUGUCCCAGAAUGCAGCGUCAGCUUUUUGAAACUUCAGUUAAAUGGCUAGGCUCAAGUAAAGAAAACCCAGAUAAACAUCAGCGUAAGUUACUAUUGUAUUUAAAGCUUACUGUGAAAAUGCUGCUUUCAGAAAUCCUAUUUUCAUUUCAAGCAAAUAUUUCUUGUAUUUGUUGCCGGCUUGUGUUCAUCAUCCACUGAUGUAAUGGCACUGUGGACUACAUUUAUGCGAGAAUAAGUUAUCAAAUGAAAAAAUA